CUCGCCAUAGCCAACCGCCAAAAUGCUGCUUUGCCUCCUUGUAACCAAUCAAGCCAGCCAUGGCGAUUUGUCAGUCCACUGCUUUCUCGCGGAAAAUGCCCCAACCCAGCUUCAUCACCAAGAGUAUUUCUGCGCCUCUAUUUCUCGCUGCAUCAACGGGCCACCGCCACAGAGCAAUUAAAUUCCUUCCCAAGCGUCAAAGCCACACCAUCGUCCGCUCUGCAGUCUCGAGAUCUAGCGGAAUUGAAUCUUCGGGUUUGGUGAGUGAGGACACUACGAAUUUAUUGGACACAGUGAAGGUGUUCAAUUUGGAAGGAAAUGGAAUCCCAAUUUCCGAUUUAUGGAAAGAUAGGAAAGCUGUUGUUGCGUUUGCACGUCAUUUUGGAUGUGUCCUUUGUAGGAAACGCGCUGAUUAUCUUGCUGCCAAGAAGGACAUAAUGGAUGCAUCUGGAGUGGCACUUGUUUUGAUUGGACCUGGCAGCGUUGAUCAGGCAAAAACAUUCUUUGAGCAAACUAAAUUCAAAGGAGAAGUUUAUGCAGAUCCUAACCACUCAUCAUAUGAGGCGCUAAAAUUUGUUUCCGGGGUUUUGACCACAUUUACUCCUAAAGCAGGUCUUAAGAUAAUACAGUCGUACAUGGAAGGUUAUCGACAAGACUGGAAACUUUCAUCUGAAAAGGACACUGUGUCCAGAGGUGGCUGGUAUCAAGGUGGAAUCAUAGUUGCCGGUCCUGGUAAAACAAAUAUCUCAUACAUCCAUAAGGUUAGUGCCAACCGCCUGAAGCCCGAUUCAGUAAUCCUUGAAUCCCUACACUCCCUCUUAAAGUCCACUUCCUCCUCCUCCUCCACUUCCUCCAAGCCCUUAACCCUCUCUGACCUCUCCCUCUCCUCCGCGUGCCGCGAGGUUACCGACCUCUCUCUGCUCUCCGUCCAAUCCGCCAUCGAAUCCUUAAUCCUCUCCCUUACCCACUCCAUCCUCUCCGGCCGGGGCUUCUCCUUUAACGUCCCUUCACGCGCCGCAACGAACCAGCUGUAUGUCCCGGAGCUCGACCGCAUCGUUUUGAAAGACAAGAAUACCCUCCGUCCCUUUGCCAACAACUCCUCCGUACGAAAAUCCACCAUCACCGCCAAAAUUCUCUCUCUAAUUCACCAACUUUGCCUUAGAAGCAUCCACGUCACAAAGCGAGACCUCUUCUACACCGACGUCAAGCUCUUCCAAGACCAGACCCAAUCCGAUGCCGUUCUUGAUGACGUUUCGUGUAUGCUGGGCUGCACCAGAUCUUCUCUCAACGUGAUCGCAGCGGAGAAAGGGGUGGUGGUUGGGAGGUUGAUUUUUAGCGACAAUGGGGAUAUGAUUGAUUGUACUAAAAUGGGUAUGGGAGGGAAAGCGAUUCCCCCCAAUAUUGAUAGGGUCGGAGAUAUGCAAAGUGAUGCAUUGUUCAUACUACUGGUGGAGAAGGAUGCAGCUUAUAUUAGGCUGGCGGAGGAUAGAUUCUAUAAUCGUUUUCCCUGUAUUAUUGUGACAGCCAAGGGACAACCAGAUGUAGCAACAAGAUUGUUCUUGAGGAAGAUGAAGAUGGAACUGAAAUUGCCGGUUCUUGCAUUGGUGGAUAGUGAUCCUUAUGGGUUGAAGAUUUUGUCAGUGUAUGGAUGUGGUUCCAAGAAUAUGUCAUAUGAUAGUGCAAAUUUGACUACUCCUGAUAUCAAGUGGCUGGGGAUUAGGCCGAGUGAUCUCGAUAAAUAUAAGAUACCGGAGCAAUGCAGGUUGCCGAUGACUGAGCAGGAUAUUAAGACCGGCAAGGAUCUGUUGGAGGAGGAUUUUGUGAAGAAGAAUCCAGGAUGGGUUGAGGAGUUGAGCUUGAUGGUGAAGACAAAGCAGAAGGCUGAGAUUCAGGCUUUGAGUUCCUUUGGGUUUCAGUACUUGUCUGAAGUUUAUUUGCCACUGAAGCUGCAGCAGCAGGAUUGGCUUUGAAAGAGCAUUGGAAGCUUGAGCUUGUGCGCAUUCUGUAAUGUAUUUCUCGUUUGCAACUGUUACAGGGACUGGGAAAUCGUUUAGUGAUUCUGUAAUGUAUUUCUUGUUUGCUACUGUUACAAGGACUAGGAAAUCGUUUAGUGAUUCCUCCAAGUUUAAUGUACUUUUUCAUCAUUUCGUGAAUGAUAAACAAUAUUUAAAUUUUUGACCAGCA